AUCCUUGCUUUAAUUUCCCGUAGCUAAAUUCCCAUUCCCGCCUUUUUCUCUUGUUCAUCAAUCGGAUUCAAUCAUAAUCUUACUAAAGAUGGAUUCAUAUUUCUUCUUCGAUUCUUCUUUGAGAAUAUCCUAUUCUGGGCAAAUCAAUUCGAUUCGCGAGGCCUCAAUUGCAAAUGCAUACAUCAUAUGCAUUUGCAAUGUGCGAAUGAUUGAAUGAAAGCAUCGAGCAAGGGCGGGCCUCCAGAUUCGUCGUCUGAAUUUCGACGCCGGCGAUCGAUUAUGGAGCGGAAACUCGCGACUUGGCUCGCGAUUCUGUCUGUUCUGGCCGCCGGCGGUCCGGCGCACGGGUUUAUCGGGAUCUAUUGGGGCCGAUUCGCGACUCAGAGCAUGGUUCCUUCGAUGGUGGUGGAUCUGCUUCUGCAAAACGGGAUCUCGGAGAUCCGGCUGUACUCGCCGUCGACGAACGUGCUGACGGCGCUGGAAGACAGCUCCUUGGGCGUCACCGUCACCUUGACCAAUGAUUUCGUGAAGAGGAUGAAAUGGAGCAAUCUGCAGUCUGUUCGCGACUGGAUUAACGAACUCGUUGCGGUGCCCGUCAAAAGGGGAGUCAACAUCAGGACGAUCAUCGUUCUAGACGAACCAUUCUAUCCGGUGAAAGGACAAGAUCCCAUUUGGAAUGCAACCAAUGUGUUCAGAGAGACAGUGGAUUGUCUGCAGAAGGCAAACCUGUCUCACAUAAGAACAACCACUACCCAUUUCUCAAACAUAUUGAAGGUUGGGAGGAAGCCAUCGGAGGCCGAUUUCCAGGACGAGUACAAGGACAAGAUGUUGGAAUACCUCAGCUUGUACAACAGCACCAAUUCCUUCUUCAUGUACGACCUCUACCCCAUCUUCUCCGCCCAACUCAACAACUGGCCCAUUGAGUUUGCAUUCAUGGACAACAAAUCCAACUUCACCAUUGUUGAUGGCAAGUACACCUACACCAAUGCCUUUGAGUUCAUGUUUGAUGCACUUGUGGUUGCCAUUGAAAAGGCCGGGUACCCGGACAUGGAAAUCGUGAUCGGGCAGGUAGGGUGGCCCACGGACGGGGCCAAGGACGCAAACAUCACGAACGCCGAGAGGUUCUACCGUAGCUUCCUAAUGCACAUCGCGCAGAAAAAGGGGACUCCCAGACGACCAAACACCAACAUAGACGUCUUUCUGGCCACACUGACCGACGAGAACAAGAUCCCCCUGCAAGUCGGGCCGUACCAGCGCCGCAGGGGAAUAUACAACUAUGAUGGCACACCCAAGUUCAAGAUUGACUUCUCGGGACAGGGGAGGGACAUGUACCCAUGGACAGCCAAAGGGAUAGUGAAAAUGCCUUCGCGGUGGUGCAUUUUCAAUGGGGACACCAGCAACUUGACAAAGGUAGACGAACAGGUGAGAUUCGCCUGCAACAAAUCGGAUUGCACGUCGCUCUACUUUGGGUCCUCAUGCGGCAACCUGAACUACACAUGGAAUGCCUCUUAUGCCUUCAACAUGUACUACCAGUCCAACAACCAGGAGCUGAGUAGUGGGGCUUGUGGGUUUGCAGGGUUGGGGGCAUUGACCCCAUAUGACCCCUCAGUUGGUACUUGUACAUUCCCUGUGGAGAUUUUGACUGCUGAGAAUGUUGAUGGGGGAAGGCAACUCAUAAACUAUAUUGGGUACUCUCAAUCUGGGGGUGCCCUACACAAGACCCCUUACCUCACACUUGGGAUUCCACUGUUGGCUACAUUUUUUGUUUUUCUUAAACACACAUCAAGAACAAGUGCACACUACUUGCCCUUUCAAUGACAUGCGUUUCUUCAUGUUGUUAUCCAUGAUUUUGUAUCUAGAAACACAUGUAAAAACACAAAACAUCUCUAAUGAAAAGUUGUAGGGUUU